AUGGCCAAGUCAAAGAACCACACGAAUCAUAACCAAAAUAGGAAGGCACACAAAAAUGGAAUUAAGAAACCGAAGAAGCACAAGUUUAUGUCUCGUAAGGGGCUGGACCCCAAAUUUUUUAAAAACCAAAAAUACUGCUUAAAGGGAAUCUUAAAAAAGAAGAAGGAAUUGAAAUUGAAACAGAAACAAGAAAACAAGAACUAA